AAGCUCCGAGCGCAGCCUUGUCAGCUGUCUGAGCCGCCAUGCUGAGCGCCACGUGCCGCAGGCUCGCCCCGGUGCUGCUGCGGAGGCCGUGCGCACCGUCUCCGGUCGCCCGGAGGUGUCUGCAGGCACCCGGGGCCAGGUCCUGCGCUGACCAGAGCGAGAGGGCUGAGCAGCCUCGCACCUUCCACCCUGCUCUGCUGGAGUUCCUAGUGUGUCCGCUCUCCAAGAAGCCGCUUAGAUAUGAAGCAUCGACAAAUGAAUUGAUUAAUGAAGAGUUGGGAAUAGCAUAUCCAGUCAUCGACGGGAUCCCUAAUAUGAUACCACAGGCAGCAAGAACAACACGUCAAAAUAAGAAACAAGAAGAAGCUGAACAGCACUAGACCUUGAUUAUUAAAAGCAUAAUUACCGAGUUCUCUUAUGCUGUAUACCUUUAAAAUGGGGAAGGGGAGUUGGGGCGGAACAGUGACUGUUCUUCCCCUGCUCUCUUUAGUGGGACUAUUCUGAUCUGCUUUCAUGGAGGAGAAUUUCCCAGGGCUGCACCAGCAUAGACAGGCUUUGCUUUUACAGUCUGCUCUUGCCAAGUACCAUGCCACUGUGUGUGUUCUUCCACCUUUGGAACCAGAUAGGUCUAAAACGCUUUAAGUGUAGUACAACCAUAGCCAGGACAGCACAUACAUUAGUAAGAGACGUCUGCACCAACAUCUGUGAAAACUACAUAUAAACCCAUUUGGUUUAUAAUAAGAUCUGUAUGUCUUAUUUCUCUCAGGCUUAGGACCAGGCUCUGGAAGCUUUUUCAUACAUGUUCUAUCCUUGUUUUUUGAAGACUUUCACUUAUAACUGUGUGUGUCACAGGAAGCAUUUCAGUGAAAUGUCUCAAUGCAGAUUAACAAUACCAGUCAUCAUCAGAGGCCUGCUUUGCAUCCCAUUCAUUUGAAAGUUACUGAUUUGAAAUAUUGUUUGGCUUCAUGGUCAAUGGUAAUAAGAAAAUUCUGACAUUGUAAACUUGCCUUUGUUACUUUGGUAUCACAUGGUUACAUCAGUAAUAAAACAAGAUGCUCACAGUUUACCACCAAAC